UAGUGAUGGUUCAGUUGGAAAAGCAUUCGACUGAUAGUCAAAGGACCUGAGUUCGAGUCUUCGUGGAGAGCCAAGAGCUAUUUUCGAUUAUUCGAGGAUCGCAGUUUGUUUCUUCGAGUAUUCGAUGAUCGUUCCUCGUCAUUCAGUCUAAGAGUCAAUGGAAACAGACAUCGCUUAUAAAGAGGAAGCUGCGAGAUUCUCGAAGGAGGACUCUUACUCCUCGCAACAGGAAUUCCUUUGAGGUUGUUCUCUUUCGUUGUUGGCGAGUUCUGUUGAGAGUUGCUCCAGAGUUUCCUGCAGUAACCUAUUUAAAAAGCAGGAUCUGGUACUUGAUAUUGUACGGGACCGACUCCGGGAACGAUCCUACUCGUCUCAAAGGAUCCUCGCGGAGUCACCAGUUUAUUGCGAGGCAACUUCCAGGAGGUAUUCGCGGUCUCUCCUUAGCGAUACGAUAUUUCUGUUCAGUAUAUCAGAGACCUUAGUGUAUAUUAAACACUGAAAAACGUGUCGAUAAAUAUUCUACUUUAUUCUCUCCGAGCAUUCGCAAAGUGUUUACCGAAGACCUAAGAAUUACCCGAUCCUUCGAAUUAUCCAUCAUCUUCGAUCGAACAACACUUCCAAUCAGCCCCUAAUCGAACCUCAUCUAUCCAUAGACGUCGUCGAUCGGCUGGAAGGUUCUCGAGGGAACUCCUCGCGUCUCUGUAUUCGUUCGAAUACGUCUUUCGUCUUUCGUUCGAAGGCCACGCGGAAAGCAAAUUUAACUCUCGUCCUUGACCCACUGAGUUAUUUAACGAUCCCCUGUCGAGCUGGAAGCAGCCUAGCAAACCAGAUUAACGGCCGCCACCCUCGUUUCCAGCUUGGACUCGGUUAGAACGGAUCAAAGAAGACGAGGAGAAGGCGAGAGAUCCGAGGAGAACGUUGCCGUGGACAAAAACGGUCCAGGUGGAGUUCAGAGGCUAGAAAAGGACCAAUCGCGUUCAGGAUCACGAGUGUGGAGGCGACAUGACCGGCCACGAUCCCCGCGAACACCACCGAGGUGUACAGUAGCGUCGGUUGAUGACAUCACGGGGUGGAAGGGAAUCGAAGGGGCGGCGAACCGUCGAAGGAUGAGAAACGGAGUCGCGGAUCGUUCUAGACGGGAGUAAAGAUCCUCCCGCGUGCUUUUCUUACGGCGAUUCCGUCGCGAGCGAUGACGUUGUGCCGUGUGUUUUUGUGACGUGCUCGAUUCCGACCGAGUUCCUCUGUGGGAAAACGUCCUGCGCCCUGGAUUCUUCGCAGACAAGUGUUUGGUGUUCCUGAAGCCUCUGGCCGAUCGUUUUGUGCGCGGUUCCACGCUCGAAACGGGAUUGGGAGUGAUCGUGUAGUUCCAAAGUUGUUCCUCGAGCGCGUCGACGGUGGUGCGAUCGCGAUCCACGGGAAAAUCGAUCGCGAAAAAGUGUCCUCGAGCGGAGAGCGGCGCUACUGGCCCUCGGCAUGAAGGAGGGCGUUCUAUGUUCCUGCGCGUAUUCCUGUUCGAAGUAGAUCCUACGAGCGAUCCGCGGACUUUCGAGGUUGUCUCUCGAGCGUAUCGAUAACGCGAGCAAGGACCGAGCACAGGGAGAGUGUCCUCGACUGGUGGAGAGCGCAAGUACUCGGCAUGAAGGACACGCAUUGGCCGGUUCUCAUCUGCGUUCUCAUGGCGACGACGGUGCUUUCUUGUCGGCAGAGCGAGUUCCAGUGCGGCAACGGCCGCUGCGUCGCCCUGAACAGGGUGUGCAACGCCGUCGACGACUGCGGCGACGGUAGCGACGAGCCAGGCCAGUGCUCGCCCUGCAACAAAACGUACUACGGCGACGUGGGAAAAACCUACGACCUGGAGCUUCUUCGACCGAAGGAGGACAAGGUGCCUUACUUUUGCAAGCUCACCUUCAGCGCGUCGGGUGGCGAUUUGGGAGACAUCGUUCAGUUGACGUUCGACAGCUUCACCCUGGGGAAAUUCGUGUCGUUCACGGCGGAGGGCUGCCCGGAUGGGUCGCUACAAAUUUCGGAGGCACAACGACCGGAUGUCGGUGGCCUCUGGUGCGGAACGUCCCGGAGGCCCGCGACUUACUACAGCGAAACGCCGGUCGUCUCCAUAUUUCUGAAGCUCCUCAGGCUCAGCAAGGAUCAGACGGGAUUCAAUUUCGACUUCAGGAUGGCGUACAAGAUGAUCAGGAAGUCCGACGCCGUGGUGCGUUACGGGAAUCCGUUUGUCGGGAUAACGCAAGCGUCGGAAACGCCGGCAUCGACCGAGCCAACGACGACCUCGUCGUCCAGCGAGUACGCGAACACCUCGAUGGCGAUGCAGACGGUGGAGCAGUCCGCGACGCCAUCGAAGCCGAGCGGCGAGCAAUACCUCGGCGAGCUGAUAUCCGGUACCUACUGCUCCCGCAUAUUCAGCGACUGCGACCGGAAGAAGUGCAGGCUGCAGUCGCCCAACUUCCCCGGACUCUAUCCACGUAAUCUCACCUGCUACUACGCGGUGAGGCAGAGCGACGUUCCAGCGGGAAAACAUGCCUUAAUUUCGGUGAAACAGCCACGUGGACAAUUGGUGGCCAUAAGGGCACGGGCGGACAGCCAGGCGGAAUCCUCGCCCCGGGAGCUUCGCCUUUGGAAGGACUGCGACGUGGUUCAGGACUACGUGACCGUGUACGACGGAUACACGACCAGGGACCCGGUGAUCCUGAAAUUCUGCGGCGGCGGAGAGCCGGUGCCCGAGGCCACCAGCAGCGGGCCGGAGAUCCUCGUCGAGUUCACUACGUCUCCUUACGGCACGUUCCUGCACACUACGCCUCCGCACUCGCUCCACGGCUUUCAAUUAGAAGUGCAAGUGAGGUUCGUGGACGCGGACUCGCCAACGUACGCGAAGAACAAACACUGCGAGUUCUGGCUGCAAGGCAGCGGGGGCGGAGUGCUGGCAUCGCCGCGGCACUCGUUGCCGCGGAACAGCACGUGUCUGUACCAUCUUCGGGGUGCCGGUCCUCUGGUCCCCAGUCCCACGCCACCGCGUCCUUUGCCAAAGUUUCCCGAGCAGAGGCCGGGCACCGUGUGGAGGAGGCCCGCGCCUAGACCGCCGCAGCCGCAGUUCCGCGUCUGGCUGUCCAUCCUGAAGUUCCAUGUAGGCACCGGUUUAACCAGCACAGACGAGGACUGCUCGACGACCCUGAUGGUGUGGGACGGAGAGAUGAUGCCGCUGGCGGAGUGCAACGACCUCGCCUGCGAAAAGGACCACCAACGUCACGGCGAAAGAGUCAUCGAGCCGGCUCGGCCUCUGAUCGCUCGGCCAGCCGGAAGCAACACCACGCUCCUGGCGCGUUACUGCAAGGACAAGGUGCCGAGGACCUGCGACCACGCCAUCUUGCAAAACACCAGCCGUCCGUGCUCGCUCGGGGAGAGCUUCGUUUCCAGCGGGAACAGCCUGACCAUCGAGAUGCGGAUGAUCGAGUCCACAGCUCUGAGACCGGUGAAUUUCCGCGCUCUGUACGAGUUCGUCGAUCUCCAUCAGGACGGGGAUCCAUACGGGAGCGGACCGUGCUCGAGGAUCUUCUACAGCCGCAAUCGGGACCAUUACCCUGAUCGUAGGUUCCAGGCGCCGCGCGAUAUUUUCCUUUACGGCCGCGGUGGAGCGAAAAAUAUAAGCUGCGUGUACCGAUUCGAGGGAGAACACGACGAGAUCGUCAAGCUGAGGUUCAACAAGCUGAUGAACGGAAACCGAAGCUGCCGCAGCGUCUCCAGCCAGGACUUCCAUCGUCUUCUCUGCGUGGGAUCCGACAACUUCUCCGUGAAGGUGCUCGAUCAACCGUGGCCGAACGCACCGCCGGUCCAACGCGAUUGCUUCUGCUCGAACCGUUCGCUCCCCAUGAACGUCAAGUCCACGUCGAACGUCGUCGAGGUCCACUUCACGGUGUUGUCGAUGGACGCUCUGGACGACUACGAUAAUCUCUUCUUCGAGGGCAGCUGGGACUUCGUCAAGACCACACCCUGCCUGCAGAAGCGCAGAAUGAGAGGGCCGUCGGGGGAGAUCAAGUACAAGUCGCCAAACCUGGACGAGGACGAGAAAAACUGCGAGAAGCAUCCGUGGCUGAUCGAUCCGGGCCCCAAUCAGUACCUUUACGUGAAGAUGCACGGUACGAUAAUGUCGAACUCGAGCAAAUGCACAACGAAGAACCGGAUCGUGGUGCACACGGGUGGCGCGAUCCACGUCUCGGUGUGCCCGAAGCCGCCGUCGGGAUCGAGACACCACGUGGUGGAGGUGUUCAGCGACGGCUGGGCCGUCAGCAGCAACGCCGUGAUCCUGGCGCCGGGUCAGGACCCCGUCAGGACCAUCGCCGUGGAGUUCAUCGUCAAGGAACCGGACACCUACUCGGUCACUUGGCUCGAGCUCACCAGGAGGUCAUUGACGACGUCCACGGCGGGCCUGCAAAUGCAGCGCGAUUGCGAGCAGCGUUGUCCCGAGCUGGACGCCUGCAUAAACGAGUCCCUCUGGUGCGACGGGAUCUCCCACUGUCCCUCGGGUUACGACGAGGCCUUGACGCACUGCUCGGUGUUUCUCAAGCUGCCCCCGUUGCACCUCGGCCUCGGUCUUCUCGCCGUGGUGUCGAUCCUCGGCGUGAUCUUCUUCGUGAUCUGGCGCAUCUGCAGGCAACGGGCGAACCGCUCGAUAUCCCAGCACAGGCUGAAGAGCAUCUCCUCGGAGACGGCGAUCAUCGACGGAAAGGAAGUGAUCUGCUGACACAGCGACAGUUCUGUGCGAUACGUCGAGGUGGACCGCGUGACUACCGUGUGACGAUCACCGUCGUCGGUCAUGCUAGCUGGUCGCCGUGGCCUCGUGCUCCGUCUGGUGUCCUCCUGAACGGGACACCGUCGCGGCGACCACCGCCUCCACGUAACGCGCAGAACUCCCAUAACGAAAGAACACGCCGCCGCACGAGCGGUGAGCUCCGCUCUACUCGACGGUUCGCUGCUCGAUGACUCCGGACACCCGUCGUCCCGGUUUCCUCUGCCGCGAAGAGAUCGAACGAUUUCAGGAACUACUUGGACCCUCUGCUUCGUCGGGGCUCCCCCUCGACGAAGCCUGGGACGUCGGAUCGGGGAAGGGAUUCGCGACCACCCACGCGGCUCGGGCUAGUUUUGGGAACAUAGAAGCUGCUGUUCUAUCGAAUCUCGGACAUUCUUUUCUCUGUAGAUGCGCGAGAGGAGCGCGAGAGUAGCGCGAGAGUAUCUUUGGAGCUUCGACGACGCGUAGACGACGCACCGAUUCGUUUCUCUUUCGUUGAACGCUCGACCGUUCACCUUGUGAGGCCUCGAGUCGGAGGAACGUUCGUCGCUGACUGCUAAAAACGCCUGCGAAUUACGUUUCGAUCUGGUACAUACGCGGUCAGACAACGUAUUCGUAUAACAACGUCGAAAGUAUUCGGGCAAUGGGAGCGCUGGAUAAAUUCCAGCGACGCAAAGUUAGAUUGGUUCGUCAGAAUUUAGUGUAACGUUUGAAUUAGCCCGAGUUCGAAACAACUUUCGCGUUCCUCCGACUCGAGGCCCCGCGAUCCACCUUCCAACGCCUCCGCCGCUAUUUGCAUUGCUUUGAGAAGUGAGGGGGGGGGGGGGGGGGGCGAGAGGGAGCGUGUUAACCGUGUUGCACGGUGUUAACCGGCAUCGACUCGCUAUUUGGCCAUUAGCCAGGGACCCUGUAGGUAUAUUUUAGGUGGACUUCGAGCCACAGAGUUUGCCGAAUAGCGCACCGGAGUUCUUAGACCGUGGCCAGCGUAGUUUCGCUGAGCAAACAUUUUGCGCGACGCAGCCGUUGACCGGACGACUCUCCGCCUGGUAACGCGUUACCGGAUGCGAGAGAGGGUAUCGAGUUGCUUUAACGAGGACAAUAAAUAAUAAAAUCCUAGGUGAUAUCGUUUCGCUGGUAGCGUAGCUUAGCGCAGUCUUCGAGUCGCGGCCGACCAGGUCCCGAUCGAUCGUCGAAACGUUGAAUCGUUCAGCGUCAAGGAUCGCACGGGUGGUGGCGAUAGUCGAAUCGCCUCCAAAACCUGGAAUCGUCGACGUUAGCGUAUCGAGGAGCCUGAAAUUCCGUCGAACCUCGUGCUAGAUCGAAAGCUGGAGUGUCGAGGGAUGGAGAGAUCCGAGGCAUCGAGCAGGGAACGAGCAAGACACUCGCACUGGCCGUUCGAUCGUUCGUCGAGCUUCUCGACGGGCUGGCCAGGACACGAUUUUAAGCACGAGCCGACUUCCCGUUGGCUCCAUACUCUCCUUCAGUCUACCCUUUCUCCUUUUUUUUUUUUUUUUUUUUUUUUGGUAAGCCGCGCGAAAUGAUCCUCUGUACGACGUUGUUCGGGUGAACCGAGGCGUUUCGUCGAGGCGAGCGCCGAUCGACUUCCGUGCCUCGAAGAAACCGUUAUACGUGGAAUAAGAAUCGCGAAGGAAGUUGUCGAUGUCGAAGAAGAUCAACCGACCUUUGAACUCCUCCGAGUGGCCAUCCUCUUGCCACGACGUUAGCUAUCCCCGCCGCGCCAUCGUUUCUUCGCGCAAAUCCGCAGGCAUACGUCCUUCGUCGCUCAAAUAAAGAAGCAUGCGGUCUCGCGGCCUCCAAGGGUCGAUUGAUUCUGUCGCGUCCCCGUGUAAUUAUACUAGAAGACCGGGUGUCGUCGAUCGCGCUGAUCUCGACGGAACAGCCAGGGUAACUUGAAACUAGAGAUACUGACCAAACUGUUUCGAGUGAUUACCGUUUAGGCGACGUAAUUAUAAUUACUUACACUAGCGAUAAGACUUCGGGAAGAACGAGUACGAAAGGUAGAACCUAUGGUAGCCUGGAAAUUAUGUGAUAUAUAUAAAUGCUGUUUUCCGCGGAGCUGUGCUCCGUUAAGUAUUGUUACACCCGGCUAGGGUGUAGCCGACGAGAAACGACGACGGGAACUUGGACGAAUCCAAGAUCGACGCGGCACACCCGACGCCGUCACUUGUACACCUUGUUCAUACUUGUAUAUAAUUGAUUAUUUAUCUAUUUGUAUCGGAAAACGAUGUUUGAGCACGCGUCUCCGUUCGCGCGCGACCAGGGCUCCCCGAAAUUCAGCGGUUCCUCCACUUCGCGUGUCGAAGAUUCGUCUUAAACAGAUUUCGGUUCAAAAAGCAACGAUCGUUCGAGACACGCGAGAUUAAUUUUCACGAUUCACCGAUACACCCGAGUCUCUUCGAAGCGUCUCUCGACUUCGCAUCUUCGAAACUCGGAACGAUGACACGACACGUUCCGAUGUUGGGAGCCUAGGUAUCUCAUUUGAACUCGACUUAUUACGAUAUAUACGACAGCUAGAGAAAUUGUUCUUCGAUCUAACGAAUUUAGAAUCUUUACAACGACGAGUGAUCGAGUCGCGAUCGAUUCGAAGCCGUAGAUCUGUCGACUCUCCGGUCGAAUAUCGUUUCUCCAUUCGAUUUUUGUCUAUGCAAAAACGUCGCGAACGGGGACCUGUACAGAACCGCUUUACUACUAGCCGAUAAGCAUUAGGACUCGAAGAAUAAGGGAACCGAAGCAGGAUACGAAACGAACCGGAAAGAAGGUACAAAGUCGAAGCGAAGAGGAACGGGAAAUAAACACAGCGCGCGAUCGAAACGUCGCUGUCAGCUAGCCGGAAGCACCGCCAUUUGUUUUUCUCGCUGUUUUCACCGUGCACGCAACAAUAAUUAAGAAAACAGACGGGGAGAUCCGCGAAAACGAAAGCCACAGUCGAACACCGAUAAAAGAAAAAAGAAAUAUAAUAAUUGUGUAACCGACCCUCCAUUAUUAUACGUUCACGAAAGACAAUCGUUAUAAUAUAUUCCGCGCGCGGAGCCGCAUUUUUCACUUGAUUAAUCAACCGUAUAAUUUAAGUGGUGCCAAAGGGGCAGCAGUCGUUACCGAAAACACUCGCUGGACCACCGCGCAGUCCCCGUACGCGAAGAAAACGGUUACGAUCGCUCUGGUUGAACUCUGAUUAAGCUCGAUCUCCCAGUUGAGAUGUAACAA